AUGCCGGUGCGGAGGGUGCUGGUGAUGAGGAGGCGGGAAGAAGGUGAGGGAGGGGAGGGCGAGGGCGAGGGCGAGGGCGAGGGCGAGGAGAAGUUCUCCUUGGAGGGAAGCAGACGGAAACGUAAGACGGAAGCUCUGCGAGCUGUCCAGGAAGCUUAUCAGCGAGCGCUCUUGCGGAGAGCGAAGGACCAUGGGGCAACGAUAGUGGACGAGGCAAGUGCCGCCGAACAGGAGCAAGGACAAGAGGAAGAGAAGAAGCGAGAGGAAAGGUUUGCUGUAGGGCAGAGCAAAAGCUCCAAGCAGCUCAGGCAGCAGAUCCAUGACCUUGUCAAGAAGAAGCAAGAGUUGGAGCAUGCCGACCCGCCAGCCGCGGCCCUGGCAAAUUCACUCAAGCCCUCGAUGCCAAACAAGUCGAUGCUCGCGCUCUCUCGUCGCCACAACUUCUCGUCUCCAAGGACAAGAGCUGCCAUAGAGCAAGCUCAUGCCUUUCGACCCCUUGCAAACUUGCCGAUCGACAGUCUUGACAGCUUAUCUGCUCUCGAAGCCUCUGCUCAUGACUCGCUUCUCGACGUCAACGACCGUUCACACGAUCUUCUCUGGAUCAAGUCUCCCUCCAAUACCUCUGUCCUCGCCUGCCGCUCCUCUGCUGUGACUCCGAGGGUGCUGGAGAGCAUGGAAAGAAUCUCGGGGUUCAGCCUCCACCGUCUUUUUCUGCUUUGGGUGAAAGAGACGAGGAGGAGGAGGACGGCGAGUCGUCCGGGGAUAGGGACAUCGCUGAAGGAGGCUAUCUCUCUUCUGAAGGAAAGAUUUCGCUUCAUCUUUGAAAACUCUGCAGAGGCCUUCAUCUUCAUGGAUGUCAACGGAUCAGGCGACAUUUCUGUGAAAGAAAUGCAACGAGGUCUAUACCGCAUGAAUCUCCACGAGAUCUGGCGAUGCAAGGAUCCAACGUGCGUGAAGUACAACUGCCCCUUUUCUUUCGCUCCCAACCAGGAGUUGUUCCACUCCUACCUCAUCCUCGACAGCACCAUGACUGCUGAAAUCAUCAACACAGUCGAUAAAGGAUGUGCAGACCGAUCGGUAAGAGCGGCGGCGGAAGGGAGAGGAGAGCAAGAGGAGGACGACGACGAGAGCAGGAGCACGACGAAACAAGAGGAGAAGCUCCGAGAAGAAAAGGAGUACUCCAUCGCAUGGCGGACGAGAGAUCGUGUGAUUGCCAAAGGAAGGAACUUCGGGACAAUCGAAGACUGGAGAAGGCAUGCACGUGCCAAGGCGGGCUUGGCAAAGAGGGAGCUUUACUCGCUCACCAUCGACUUGAAGCACAAGCUGCGUAUCAGGGAGGAGCGGUACAAGCUGCUCAAACAGGAGACCAAGGCAGAGAGGAGAGAACGCUUGUCUGAGGACCUUGAGGAGGCGAUGCAGCGGGUGCGGAGGUGUCAGCGGGAUCUCCUGGACGUGUUGCAGGACAGCGGGCUUUUCCUCGUGCUCCCGCGAAUUAUGAAGGAAUAUUUCAACUUGGAUGUAGAGGAGCUGCAAGACGACUGUGAGAACAUCGAAACCGUGCUGAAUGCUGUGAUGCACAAACUUGAGGAGCUGGACGACGAUCAGAGAAAGAUUUUGCUGCUAGAAGACUACAAGAUGGCGCAUCGGAAGUAUCCUGCCAAGGUUCCUGCUCUUACUGAGGAGGAGGAGAAGAGGAAUAACUUGCUGAGGCAGGAGGAGCAUGGCGAUGACGACAUGAUCGAAAUUUUUGGAGAUGUUCACCUGCAGCAGAAGAGCCUAGGGAGAUAUCGUCGCCUUCCCAUGUCCCAUUACAACAAACCCGUCUUCCAGCAAGAGGCGGUUGCAGACGCCUCCUACCUCUUCUUCUCGAGGCUGCAGUAUGACUUCUCAGUCCAGCCCCGCCAUGAAGGGCGCAAGCUCUCGCUCAGGGACAGGGAGCGUGUAAGAAGCGAGCCAGGCGCUGGCGUGUGGGUGAUAGCACAGCAAGUUGGAAUUUCCUCGGAGGGAUGGCAGCUAGCUGCCCUGGAAGAAGUCUCUUCUCCUGCACUGCUGGGCUCAAAGUGGCUUGAGCUCGAUCGAGGAUUCGGUCGUCAUGCAGACGUCAAGGUCUUGUCAUUCUCUCAGAUCAACCGCAGGGAUGCCAUUGCUCAGUUGUGCUCCGAGCUCAGCGGCCCAUCGGAAGAGCAGCAGGACGACAGUCACUUGCGACUUGACUUGGCGUAUCGGCUGCCAGCGACGUAUGCUGAUCUGACGGAGGAGGAAAAACAAGCGGUCAACGCCGUGCUCGGGCACACGAACCUGGCGCGAGAGGAGCGAUUCAUCGACGGGAUUGAAGGCAAGGGACACGCACAGGACGAAGUCGUCACUCUCAUGCCCUUCCUCACGCUCGAACCUUCACGGGAAAGCAGCGUGACUGCAGGAUGCUGUCUGGAGUUUGUUGGGGUGUCGCCAGAUGCCAGCGCUUCUUUGGUGCUGUUGAACACGCAGAGUGGAGAGUCCUUGCGCAUCAGCACAUGGCGAAAAGACCAUGACAGGUACCGUGUGACAGUGGAUAAGGUCGACAAAAAUGGGAGCGCAGCAAUCCUUGUGGACCAUGAUGUGAAGGCCUUCAGAGAGAUUGUUGAUGAGCACCGUCUGCAAGUGAGGCCUGAGUUUGAGAUCGCACCGAACAAUCAUGUGGUAGCCCUGCUUGACACGGGAGUCUGCCAGCGAGUACUUCUUCGAUUCGACCAGGAGGACUUUUGCGCGAGUGAACUUGGAGUCUCUUGCUGCAUGUCUCCCAACUCUCAGGCCGAGAUCGUCGUCAGGGACUGCGGACGCUCGUCGAUCCCAGCAGAACGCAUGCAGCUGGUGGGCUCUCAGCCCUCAACGCAAGUUCAAGGGUUCUCAGAUGCUUCUGGAUGGACGCUCUCUGAAGAGCUCUCUGAAGAGGAGCGACGGAGCAUCAUGGAGAUGUUAGGAAGUGCAGUGCACAGCGCUCAGGGCAGCACAUCACUUUAUGAGGUGCUCAACGAGGAGGAGGAUGAAGAGCAGCAGGUGCAGGUCAAUCAGGAUGACGUGGAGGCAACGGUGAGGAAGGAGAUUGAAGAGCUACACUCUUUCUUCGCUCAGUGGCUGAACGGGCUUGUCCCGAUGACCGAAGAAGCCUUCUCAAGAUUUCCAAGUGUGCUGGCCACGGACUUCAGCAUCGUGUCCUCUGAUGGGUCACUUCACUCGAGAGAAGGUGCCCUCAAGAUGAUGUAUGAGGCUCAUGCCUGCAUGGGCGGAUCAGCGAGUCCGAUUGAUAUCUCCGUUCGCAACGUCAGGCUGCUUCAGACGUUGCAAGGGAAAGAGGGGAACUCAAUGAUCGUUGCGUACGAGGAGAUUCAAACUGUAGGCAGCGCGUACCACAUUCGCCAAUCGACCGCGGUGCUGGAACAGACCAGGAAGAGUUCUUGUCCAAAUGGACUCUGCUGGCGUCAUACCCAUGAGACCAUGGUACAGGCAAAAGAACCCAAGGAGGUCAACCCUGACCUUCCAGAGGGUAGCGAGGGGGCGGCCAAGGGCCUCAGCUCUGAGGAGAUUGGCGUACUCAAUGCGUUCGAGCGAGCUCUGCAGGAGAAGAUUGAGCAGUCGGUGCUCGACGCAGUUGACAAAAUGAUGCAAGAAUAG